AUGUGCCUUUUUGUUAUUCUUCACACUCUUUUCAUAACCAUAUUUUUCACACAACACAGCAACUGUUACAACGCCAAUAAAUACCCACGCGAUUGCGUAAGCAAACUUGUAUUAUCAAAACUGAACAACAAUUAUUACGUAAAGGAUGACAUAAUAAAUUAUGCAAGAUUUAAAUAUGUAUACAAUAUUAAGAACCAUCCCAUACAUCAUGUUACAAGAGAAAUAUUGAAAUACUUACAAUCAAAGUCAUCCUUCCAUGUAGUAUACAACAAAUGUCCCCUUUACCAAAGGAAUAUCUGUUUUAAUGAUAUUUUAAUUAAAAACACAAAUGACACAACAUCGUAUAAGAAUAACUUCUACUUCUCGGACUCACUGUUGUAUAUCCCUCAAGCGACAUCUCUGUUUCCAUACAUUUAUUCCCUCAUAAGGGAUGAACAAAAGACGGGGAAAUGUGAUUCAUAUUGUAGCAAGAGAUGUGGAUCCAUAAAUUACCAGUUGAGAUACGCACCAAAUGGUUCGCAGGAAACGGGAGAAAAGACAAAUGAUGAUAUACACACAAAUGAAAUUAUUAGAAAAAAGGAAUGCAACAGGACUGAAGAAGUAAAAGGGGAAAAAGGCUCCAAUAUAUGCUUGUAUAAUAAAUAUUAUCAAAAUGCGGAUAGAGAAAAAAGUGCAAAGGAAGAGGAAUCAUCCAGUAUACAACAACAUAUGGAGAGGAACAUAGAAAAUUUCCUUAUCAUUUCAAAUAUUUUUCGAAAAGAUAAUAUUGAUAAAUUGCAUUUUCCAUUUUUUAACCAAAUGGAUAUAUAUAUAAAAAUAAAAAACGAACUUAUUGAGAAGCAAAAACAGCUCCUUUAUUUUUUGUGCUCAUUAUUAGAAGCUCUUUUUGGCAAAACGCACAAAUGGAGAAUAAAAAAAGAUUCUUUUGAUUUUACUAAAUAUUCAUUACAAGCAGAAGUUUAUUACAAUGACAAAUGGGUAGAAAUUCUAGGAUGUGGAAUUUUAAAAAAAAAAAUUUUUUUUCAAAAAAAUAAACAAUAUGAUAUGUGUGAUUACUUAGCCCUUGGUCUUGGGAUAGACAGAAUUGCAAUGAUCAAGUGGGGAAUCAAUAGAAUAAGGGAUCUAUAUUUGUAUAUUACAAAUGCGAGUAAAAAUGUUUCAAGUAAUAAAAAAAAAACGCACACAUAUGUGGACAAACAAAUGAACAGCAAUAUGAUUAAGAGUAGUAGCAGCAGUAGAAGCAGUAGCAUCCCGGGACAAAGAACACAUGGAAUUUCACAUGUUGAUACGCAUGACUUAAGCAUGUGGGGAAAGUCCACUUGUGAUGAUGCUGAGAGAAAUGAAUCAGUACUAUGCGAAGAAAACAUUCUUUUAUAUUCCCCCAAAUUGGAGGGAAUACAUUUUCGGAAUGAAUUGCUGAAAUGUUUAACAAGAAAAAGGGUUGUAAAUCGACAAAAGGGAGAUUCAUUUCUGUACUUUUUAAAUUUAUACAACAUACGGGACGAAGAACGAGACUUGUCAUUUUAUGCCAACUCAGAAUGGAACAAGGAGUUGUUUAUAAAAAAUGUUUUCAAUUUUGCACAUAUUAUGAACGGACAUUUCCUCAAAAGGGUUAUACUUCUGGACGUGUUUCUGCAUAAGGGUUCAGGCAACACCAGUUACACCUACAAAUUUGUGUAUUCUCCAUCCGCACAAAUAAGGGAACAGCACAUUUUCAAAAAACUGGUGAAGGAUUUGCACGAGCAGAUUGUGCUCAAGAUUGUCAGUACGUAUGCCAUAACAAUUCGAUGA